UUAGAUUAUAAUCUAUAGAAGAGGCGUUUAACAGUAAGAAAAUUGGGGGUUUAAGGUUUAAGGAGGUGUUGGACAUGGCAUGGUAGUACUAGUAGAAGCAACUAGGAAGCACUGAAGCAGUUGAUGAUGGUAAAUAAAUGAUUAUGAUUAUUCCGUACUCUCUCUCUCUCUCUCUCUCUGCAUACUUAUGCCGUGUCUCCCACUCCACUAUUAACAAACAUGUCAUUGCUCACACUGCCACCACACUCAUACACAUGAAUCCUAGUCAUGAAUUCCAAUUUUAAACCCCAUUGCCUCUCCGCCUGCCACCGCCACCCCUCCGUCCCCGUCACCGGCUUCUGCGCCCUCUGCCUCCGCGAACGCCUUGCUGGCUUCCCCUCCGACGACCACCCUCCCCCGCCAGACCUCCGCCGCUCCAAGUCCUGCUCCCGCCCUGCCACCUCCGACCCCGCUCCCUCCCCCCGCCGCCGCUCCUGCGCCGUCCGCCCCCGCAGCACCCUCUCCGAUCUCUUCACCCGCGACGACACCAGGAAAACCAAACGCUCUCACAAACCGAACUCUGAAGUUAGGGUUUGUGACGACGACGACGACGACGAUGCCGACGAGGAAACCAAGACGGUGAAGGAGUUCAUAGAUCUCGAAAUACUGCAGCGCAGCAAGAGGAACGCCGCGAGGGAUUCCAGAACCUUCUGGAACGCAGCCACCGAGAAGUUCAAGAAGUGGAAAUGGAAGCACCGGUCAAAGAAAAACGGCGAUGCUGACAAUAAUGAUGAUAAUAAUAGUGAUAAUGCAAACAGAAAUGCAGAGAAGCGAAGAGCUAGGAGAUUGAGAGACACUCAAUCGGAGAUUGGAGAAUGCAAUUUGGGGAGAAGAUCUUGCGAUACCGAUCCGAGGUUUUCGAUUGAUGUUGGAAGAAUCUCGUUCGAUUGCCCUAGAGCUUCCUGGGAUGGAUGUUUGAUUGGAAAAUCAUGUUCCAGGCUUUCCCCAAUGGUUUCACUCGACGAAGAUUCCAAUUCCAAUACUAGUAACAAUAUCAGUGCUGGUGUGGAUUUGGAAAGGUCUGGAGAUGGUAGACAGAGUUUUGGUUUUGAUAGAUCAAACUCACGUAGGAGACGGUCGAUUGCGGAGCUUGAUGAGUUGAAAUCGAUGUCAAAUGCAAAUGCAAAUGCAAAUGUGAAUGCGAAUGCGAAGGUGUCUCCAAAGGUAUCUCCAGCCACCUUUUAUGGUGCCAAGUUGUUGAUUACUGAGAAGGAGUUAAUGGAUAGUUAUGUGAGAUCUUCGAGUGAUGUUGUUGAACCUGAUUGUGUGGUGGAAUCUGAUUCCAAGGGCGUUGCUGAUGUGGCCACUAGGCAAAAGGGUUCGAAGAAGUUGCAGAAAUGGCGCGGCAUCUGGAACAAGUUGGGAUUAGUACAGAGAACCGAGAGAAAGGAGGAUAGGAUGGGGGAAGAGAAGGGUGAUUCUGGGGUUGAGGUUGAGGUUGAGAAGCCUCUUGCAGAGUCUUUGGAGAGGCUGAGGAGGGUGGUUAAUGUGCAAGCAAGUGAGCCUGUUGGCCAGAAGCUUAUGCGUAGCUAUAGCGUUAGCUGUAGAAGCCCAUGUAGAACCGAUGGUUUCACAGAAGAGUCUGAGAGCAAAGGGAGUGCUUUGAAUGUGAGACAGGAGUUUAUGUUUCAGAGGAACCGGAGUGUUCGGUAUUCACCCAAUAAUCCCGACACUGGCUUGUUGAGGUUCUAUUUGACGCCCACAAAGAGCUAUAAGAGAAGCAAGGCCGGAAGGAGUAGUGUUAAGGAUUUGCAUUCAGCAGCCAGAAGUGGCUUGUGAAACUGUAUUAGCUGUUGAAACUUGAAUGUAUGUCUGUUUAUAAAAACAUAUAUAAUGUAAUUUUUGUUGUUCACGAUAUGAAGUACAUCACACUGAUUAGAUUACGGUUGCAA